CGUAAGCAAAACACUAAAGAAAACCGGAAAUCUUCUUGAGCUCUUUUUCUUGCUUCUCCCUCAAGUCUCUGACAUGGAAAUUCCCAAAAUUCUCUCUACCACAAACAAGGCCAUAGCCUGUCUUCUCUUCCUCACUCUUACCAUUGUAUUUACUACCUCAGCUAGAACCCUGGAUGAGCAGCCAGAGGUACCUGUUGUUCCCCCGGAGUCAGGCAAUGCUGUCGAUGAUCCUGUCACCAGUGUUCCACCACUACCUACACCAUUAGCACCCACACAGCCUAGUCCAACUGGGGCUGCAAGCACUAGUGCCACGCUAAGUAAUCCUGGUCAUACCUUAAGCUUCUUCAUGCAUGACAUUCUUGGUGGAACAAACCCCUCGGCUAGAGCCGUGACUGGCAUAGUCAGCAACCCGGCAGUCUCUGGCCAAGUCCCAUUUGCCAAACCUAAUGGUGCAAACCUCCCAAUAAAUAAUGGCGUGCCCCAAAAUAGCAACAAUAACGGCCUUAUAAACAACAACAACCUACCUUUCCUCACUGGCCUUGGUGGCACCACACAGCCUGUGGUUCAAAACAAUGGUAAUAACUUCAACAAUGCAUUUAACCUGCCACUGAGCAAUGGAGGCAAUCUUCCAUCUGGUUCCACUCUUCAACAGCUCAUGUUUGGAACCAUCACUGUGAUCGAUGACGAACUAACCGAGGGGCAUGAUUUACGGUCAAGUUUUGUAGGUAAGGCACAAGGGUUCUAUGUGGCUAGUUCUCUGGAUGGUACCAGCCAAACUAUGGCAUUCACAGCUAUGUUUCAGAGUGGUCAUUAUGCUGAUAGCCUUAGCUUUUUCGGGGUUCUCAGAACAGGAGUCUCCGAGUCUCAGCUUGCUAUCAUGGGUGGAACUGGAAAGUAUGUCAAUGCUCAGGGUUAUGCUAUUAUUAAGAUCAUCCCUUCUACCAAUCAGAAUACGACCGAUGGUGUUGAGACCUUGCUGGAGUUCGUUGUUUAUGUUAGCUACUAAUCCAAAUUGUUUGAGAAAUGUUGUUUUUGUAAGAAUGUUGUAUGUGUGCUUGAAGAUUGUGAACUUGUAAUAUCUUGGGUUCUUUGGACAGAAAGUUUGCUUUUGUUUAUGAAUCAUAUCUAGAGAAAAUGGAAACUCAGUUUCUUUUUUUCA